GGUUGAGGAUGGUCACUGCAGCUUUUGACACACCCGGGUCCACGCCUACCCCCAAAGUCCUAUUGUUCUGCACCCAUUCCACUUCCCCAAAUCAGCGCCCACUUCCUCCGCGCACCUUCAGCCCGGACCAAGACCAACCAGGUGCAAGGAUCAGAGCCUCGGGACUCACUCCCGCCCGGGGGCAGCGCUGUGAGGACAAGGAGGGCACACAUGCGCAGAAGAGGACGUCUCGCGCGCGCGCGGGUCUCGCAGGAGCCCGUUCCCUUCGACUGCAAAAUACAUCUCCCAGAAUGCCUCAGCGGGGGGCGCUGCACAUGCGCAGCGAGAGGCAGGGCGCGCGUGGGGCGUCGGGGCGCAUUGCAGCGGAUUCCGGCACUGCAGUCCCCACUCCAGGCUCCAAACCCCUCCUCCAAAGAGAACCCAUAGAGGGUCGCUCGACGUACUGAGCCAGAGCCUAGCGAUAGCGAGCCAGACCUACAACGUUUCAAGAACUUUCCCAGGCCUGAGCCUGCAGGACUUAACUCUGGAAUCUGAGUUUGAGCCCGAAGCCUUUCAUAUUUUUGUGGUCAGCCUUUCUGCUUUUCUGAAUGGACCCGUUCAUCUUGACAAAGCCUGGGAUAACCCCAUAUGAAACAGCCUACCUAUCAUGGGAGCACUCACUUCCUGUGAAUGAGUACAGCCUUCUCUGGAUGAUCCAUCCUGGGACUGAGAAGAAUUCACCAGAUGGUAAAUGGCCCCUGGAGACUUAGUCUGUCUCUCAGUCCUGAUUCUUCAGACCUCUGCUCUUUUGGAAGAGAAGCAGAAAAUGACCAAGUCUCACGGUCCAUUGUCAUUUGAGGAUGUGGCUGUAGCUUUCACUAAGGAGGAGUGGCAGCAACUGGACCCUGCUCAGAGGACCCUGUAUAGAGACGUGAUGCUGGAGAACUUCAGCCAUGUGAUCUCAUUGGGGCAUCCAGUUUCCAAACCAGAUGUCAUCUCCAAGUUGGAACAAGGAGAAGAGCCAUGGAUAAUAAAGAGAGAUGUAUCAGAUUGGAUCUAUCCAGGUAAAAAUCUAGCAGGUGGGAGUCAAGGGAAGGAGACUAGACUUGACAACCCUCAAUUGGAUAUACCUGGAGAUGUUUCCUUCCAUAAGGAGGUAUUGGAAAGUGUAACAAGGGAUCCUUCACUAUACUCCAUUUUUAAGGUCUGGCAGGGUGAUGACCAGAUGGAGAGACAUCAGGAAAAUAAAGACAGACUUCUCAGGCAAGUCAUGGUCAUCAAAAACAAAACAGUUGUUGAAGAAUCAGGUUAUACAUAUAAGGCAUCAGGAAAAAUAUUUCAUGACUGCAUAGACCUAGAUGUUUCAGGACAAAGAUUGUAUAAAUGUGACUCAUUUGAAAAGAGCUUGAUACCUAAUAUAAACUUACUCAGUUGUAAUAGGGGUUAUGUAAGAAAAAACACUGUUGAGAAUUUUAGAUGUAGGAGUACACCUAUUUCUUCCUAUUCUAAGCAUGAAAAAAUUCAUAAUGGAGUGAAACACUGUGAAGAUAGUCAGUGUGGAAAGAUUAUCAGCAAUAAACAGUCUCUUUUUCAAUAUGUGAAUGUUGAAACUGGAGACAAGACCUGUAUAUGCAUUGAAUGUGGAAAAUCUUUUCUAAAAAAGUCACAACUCAUUAUACAUCAAAGAAUUCAUACUGGAGAGAAACCGUAUGAUUGUGGUGCAUGUGGGAAAGCCUUCAGUGAAAAGUCACAUCUCAUUGUACAUCAGAGAACUCAUACUGGGGAAAAACCUUACGAGUGUUCUGAAUGUGGAAAAGCUUUCUCUCAGAAAUCGUCCCUCGUUAUACAUCAGAGAGUUCAUUCUGGGGAAAAACCAUACGAAUGUAGUGACUGUGGGAAAGCCUUCUCCCAGAAAUCACCUCUCAUUAUACAUCAGAGAAUACAUACUGGUGAAAAACCUUAUGAAUGUAAUCAGUGUGGGAAGGCGUUCUCCCAGAAGUCACAGCUGAUCAUACAUCAUAGAGCUCAUACUGGAGAGAAACCAUAUGAAUGUGCUGAAUGUGGGAAAGCCUUCUGUGAGAAGUCCCACCUCAUUAUACAUAAAAGAAUUCACACUGGGGAGAAACCCUAUAGAUGCACUCAGUGUGAGGAAGCCUCCAGCAGAAAGUCAGAACUCAUUAUACAUCAGAUAAUUCAUACUGGGGAGAAACCUUAUGAAUGUACUGAAUGUGGGAAGACCUUCUCCCGGAAGUCACAGCUGAUCAUACAUCAGAGAACACAUACUGGAGAAAAACCAUAUAAAUGCAGUGAAUGUGGAAAAGCUUUCUGUCAGCAGUCACAUCUCAUUGGACAUCAGAGAAUUCACACAGGAGAAAAACCUUAUGUGUGCAGUGAAUGCGGGAAAGCCUUCUCUCAGAAGUCUCACCUCCCAGGGCAUCAGCGAAUUCAUACAGGAGAAAAACCUUACAUAUGUGCUGAAUGUGGAAAGGCGUUUUCCCAGAAGUCAGACCUUGUUGUACAUCAGAGAAUUCAUACUGGGGAGAAACCCUAUCAGUGUGCUAUGUGUGGGAAAGCCUUCAUCCAGAAGUCACAACUCACUGUACAUCAAAGAAUUCAUACAGUGGCAAAAUCGUAAGAAUGGACUAAGCACAGGAAAGUCUUCAGUAUCUGCUUAAGCCUUAAUAAAUACCACAAACUUACAGAUUUCAUGAGUUUGGGGGCAUCUUUACUGGUAAAAUUUAAGAAAUGAGAUAAAGUUUCUAAUAUGUUUAUUUUUUUAUCAAAGAUUAGGGGCGCCUGGGUGGCUCAGUCGGUUGAGCGCCGACUUCAGCUCAGGUUACGAUCUCGCAGUCCGUGAGUUCGAGCCCUGCAUCAGGCCCCUGUGCUGACAGCUCAGAGCCCGGAGCCUGUUUCAGAUUCUGUGUCUCCCUCUCUCUCACCCUCCCCCAUUCAUGCUCUGUCUCUCUCUGUCUCAAAAAUGAAUAAAAACGUUAAAAAAAAAAAAAAAAGAUAAUACAAACAUCUCAGUUAUAUAAAUAAUGGGUAUUUUCCCUAUGGCACGUAAAUAAGACUUUUGAGAUUGUGAACUGAAUUAAUUGCAAGUUAUAUAGUCUAUUUUGAAUCACAUAUUUGUGAUUAUGUUACAUAAUAAGAAUUGGACCAGUAGUAAUAUUAUUAAUGUUAGCUUAGCAUAAUUAUGGCUGUGAAAUAAAUCCCCAUAGAGCACAUGAAGAAAACUUGAGUCAAAAGAUGCCACAACCUAGAAACUGUGCUUGAGGGAAGGAUUUGAUUGUUCCUGUAAAGGUACAUGUAAAAAAAUAUAUAUAUUCUUGUAGAUAGAUGGAAAGAUGGAUUGAUAAGGUCCAAUAAAUGUGGUCUUUUGGUUUUUUUGUUGUGUUUUGUUUUGUUUUUCAUUUAAAGAAUAUAAGUUGGUCUGUGUCAGUGGAUAGUCCUAGGAUCUUGGAAUUGACACUUGUUUCUCUGUUUCACUCCUCUCCUCUAGGACUUUGGUGUGAUGGAAAGACAUAGAUGGCCAUAGGUUUUAAUGCUUAUUCCAUUACCCACAGAUUGUGUGACUUCAGGGAAACCUUUUUUCAUCCAUGGUAUCUGUUCCCUCAUCUAUAUAUGAAAUUCUGGCAGAGAAUAUGUUUUUAGCUCAUGUUUGUCCCCUUUAUCUUUCCUCUCUGUUCUUUUGCAGGAGGUUGCUGAUAACCAUGUGUCCCCAUUUAAACUUGAUUUGCAUUCCAGACACUGUGUGUCUGAUUUCCCUGAUUUCCUAUUCUCUUCUUUGUCCAUUUCACUGCUCUUGUGUCUGGUGGCCUAACGCAUACUGUUAUGGAGACCUCACUUUUACUUAUUUUAUUUUUCAAGCGCAUAUAAAUUAUGGUGUUUGUACAUAAAGACCCUGUGUGAUGCCACCACAGAUCCUGUUUUACCCUCUCCCUGAAGCACCAGUUCUUUUUCCUGAGAAUUGAGUGGUCCUCAGAGAAAAACCCAUAGGGAAUGUGGAAGAUGUGCCUGGGAUAGCUUACAUGGGUAAGUAUGAAUCUGAACAUAAAAAUCCCACCUGCUAUCUCUAAAAUGUUUCUUUAUUCUUUGUUGUGGGGCCAGUUCUGCUCCCAUAAGAAUCUUUAGGAGAGCAUCCUGGUGGGGACAAGUCCUGUGUGGCAGGGAUGUUGUGACCUGUGUGGCUAAAUACGAUUUCUGCAAUAGAAUUCCUACUUGAUUCCUCCCUAUGUCCUGCUUAGGUGACCUUUCUCUGCAGGGCCGCAGUGUUUACUCUGAGAAGUAAGACUUUGCAUGGGAACCUCUGCAGAGAACAUGGCAUACCCCAAAAAGAUGUGCAAACGUGUGAGAAAAUUCUUUGUGUCAUUGUGAACAUGUGUUUGAUGCUGCAUGUAAUUGGCCAUUUGGAUCUGGGAAAUAAAACCUUCGGCAUGUAGCAAGGAGUGAUCUACUUUGAGAGGUCUUGAUGGAAGUUGGCCCCACCUGGCCCUUAUGGGGAGGCAUGGGAAAGUCAGGGUUUCCAGAACAUACAGAAGUUUUGUGAGAAGGAAAUGAUAAUAUAGUGACAGGGAAAUUAUGUAAGGAAAAUAAAGACCCGAGUUUCUCUCUCCUCAUGGGCAUUCCACUUUGCCUUUUACUUUCUAAGGAACCUCAUUAAUCUGAUCAUGACAUAAUAUAUAUUAUAUAUGGCUAUAAAAUAUAGGAAAAUUUGAUAUUUACUGGUAUAUAGAAAAUUUUCCGUCUAAAGUCUAGAAAAAAGACAGUGUCCAUUUUCACCAGUUUUAUUCAGUAUUGUAUUGAAAGACCUAGUCAGGGAAAUCAGGCAAGAAAAAAAAUUGGUAUAAUGAUUGGAAAGCAACAAAACACAUUUGUUGACAAAAUUGUAUGCAUAGGUGAUGAAAAUGUAUACGUUAAUUAUUAGAAAUGGAAAGUAGCAAGGUUUCUGUAUAGAAUAUUGUUAAAAGGAAAGUUUAUGCAACAGAUAUAAAAUGAAAAUUUAAAGGUAUCAAUUACAGGGGCAUGAAAAAUACAACAUGUCUAGAAAUAUGUGUAUUUUCAAUACUAUGUUGAAAAGAAGUGGCAAGAAUGAGCAUCCUUGUAUUAUUCCUGAUCUUAGGGGAAAAGCUUUCUGCACCAUUGAUUAAGUUAGCUGUGAGCAUGCCAUAUGUUGCCUUCCUUAUGUGGAGGUACAUUCUUUGACUAAUUGGCUGAGAAUUUUUUAUCGUGAAAGAAUAUUAAAUUUUUGUCAAAUGAUUUUUCUGCAUGCAUUGAGAUGAUUUUUUAUCCUUUAUUCCAUUAAUGUGAUGAAUCACAUUUAUUAAUUUGUAUACAUUGAAACAUCUUUGCAUCCCAGGUAUAAAUCACAGUUAAUCAUGAUGUAUGACCCUUUUAAUGUGCUGAAUUCUGUUUGUUCUUAUUUUGUUGAGGAUUUUACAUUUAUAUUUAUCAAGAAUAUUGAGCUGUACUUUUCUUGUAGUGCCCUUACCUGGCUUUGGUGUCAGAGUGAUAGCCUUGUAAAAUGAGUUUGUGAGUACUCCCUUCUUCAGUUUUUUGUAAGAGUUUAAGUAGGAUUGUUAAUUCUUUAAAUGUUUGGUAGAAUUCACCAGUGACACCAUCUGGUCCUGGGAUUUUCUUUGUUGAGGUGUUUUUGAUUACUGAUUCAGUCUCUUACUCAUUAUUGGUCUGUUAAGAUUUUCUAUGAAUGAUUCAGUCUCAUAUAUUCUAUGUUUCUAGCAAUUUAUUUCUUCUUCAUUAUCCAAUUUGUUGGCAUAAUUGUUCUAAGUGAUAUUAUGGUAUGUUGUAUUUCUCUAAUAUCAGUUGUAAUGUCUCUUUCAUUUCUAAAUUUAUUUGAGUCUUUGCUCCUUUUUUUCUUUGGAAAAAAGACAAUGCCCAUUUUCACCAGUUUUAUUCAAUAGUGUGUGUCUAACUAAUGGUGUGUUAAUUUUGCUUAUCUUUUCAAAAAAACAGCUUUUAGC